UUUAAUGAGAGGACAAAAAUUAUCAAUAUUUUACACACAUAUUACAAACUCUCAAAGCCCUCUCAUGGCUAUGGCUAUGUAAUUGUUCGUGCUCACAAAUAUGCCAUUUUCUACUUUCCAUGAGAGAUUUCAGUUGCAAAAUGGGUUUAAUGGAAGCUUUAAGUUUUCUAUGCAAAGCACAGUUCUGGAGAAUGGCUGUUUGUUGGACUCUAUCUCUCAUUCUAUCUUACUUGCAGUUGUUUUCCCAAAUCCAUUUCUCGCGUAAAUCCAAAUUACAUGAUCGUUGUUCAUCUAAAUCAUCAUCAUCAUCUAAUGCUGCUAUCGGAAAAUCAAUCUGCAUAAUUACAGGUGCCACAUCUGGUUUGGGUGCUGCUGUUUCCUAUGCCCUUGCUAAAGAAGGCUAUUGCGUUAUUCUUGCUGGAAGGUCAUUGCACUCAUUGUCAAAGGUUGUGUCUGAAAUCAAAGAACAGAUAGAUGAUGCUUGUGUAAAAGCUUUUCAGGUUGAUUUGUCAUCAUGCAAGUCAAUCUUGAGCUUCAAACACUCCCUUCAACAGUGGCUGUUGGACUCAGAUUUGCAUUGCUCUGUCCAGCUCUUAAUAAAUAAUGCUGGAAUCCUUGCGACGUCAUACAGAAUCACUAAAGAACAAUGUGAUCAGAUGGUUUCAACUAAUUAUAUUGGUCCAUUUUGUCUUACAAAACUUCUUUUGCCGCUUCUAGAACUGAGCCCUAUCCCUUCUCGUGUUGUUAAUGUUACAUCAUUCACGCAUCGAAAUGUGUCUAGCAUGGAGGUCACCAGAGAAACAAUAUCUGGGCAGUGGUUUUCAAAAUUAAGUUCCUAUCCAUUUGCUCAUGUAUAUGAGUACUCAAAAUUAUGCCUUCUGCUCUUCACAUAUGAGCUUCAUCGGCAAGUUGGUCUGGCGGAGAAAUCACAUAGUGUCUCUGUCAUUGCUGCAGACCCUGGAGUUGUGAAAACCAACAUUAUGCGAGAAAUUCCUUCAUCCCUCUCAUGGUUGGCUUUCUUCGUUUUGAAACUUUUGGGCCUUUUGCAGUCCCCCGAAGUAGGAAUUAGCUCUGUUCUAGAUGCAGUACAUGCGCCACCAGAAACCUCGGGAGUAUACUUCUUUGGAGGAAAUGGUAGAACUCUAAGAUCUUCUGGGCUUUCUUAUAACUCCAAACUCGCAAAGGAUCUCUGGGAUGCUUCAUCUCAAAUUUUCCUUGAGCGUCAGCUUACUUCCCAGGAUACAACUGACCAGAGACAAUUUUAGACCUGGUAAUGCUCCUCCAAGUAUGCAUGAAGCAUGAACUUAAGUUUUGAUUUAAGAAACUAUAAAUAUCUUUAUACAUUUUGGAAGAGGUUCUAGUUAGUAUCUUAAUUUGUAAGUUACUACUAUUAAAGUAAGGCUAGUAUUCAGCUAUUAUUAAUUUUAGUAUCAUAUAUAAAUGAAUAGUUUGCCAUGCACAUGAUUUGAUUUCCCCUUAAUAGUUUGAACUGUAAGGAGUAAAUUAGUCUUAAUGGAAACAAUAUUGAGUCCAUGCUCCAAA